AUGUCACGUUGGAUGCUAAAGGGGUUCUCCCAGAGAAGCCGCAAAGCGAAGUCCGCUGCCCAUAUAAAGCCCAUACUUAUCCUCUUCCGCCAAUACCAGAGGCAAGCCCCUUCGAACCCCGAGGCCCUUCGGGAGCCGCACUAUGGCGCUGUGCGGGCGGACUCUAAGGUGUCUUUCAAAGUCCGCCAGCGACCAGAAGUCUUCACCCCCCGAACCCUCCCUGCCCCGGCCACACCAAAUUUGCAGCAAUUACACGACAUCUCCGUAUCAAGCAUGGGGCAUGAACCGACUUCUAGCACUCUUCUACCCUUAAGUCCGGCAGCUGGCGAAGCAUCAGAUAAAGUCUCUUUCGCAGUGGACAAGAAACCUCCUUCGGCAAGAAUCAUCAGUCUACCAAACGAGAUCCACGACUUGAUAGCCUCGAAUCUCUACCUCGCCUAUUCUAUCUGCUUUGAUCUGACUUCGUCGGUAAACAGAUCUCUGGAAUGGUCCGACGAAGUUUGCCGCCUAGGGCCGGGCUCGUGGGCACGACUGUUACUCCUGCAAGCAUCAAAUUUGGAAGGGGUAUUCAUCUACACGCAAUCAUAUCUACCAAUUGCCCGUCAACUCAAGGAAAAAUUGACCUUCUUGACAAUUCGUCGUGAUAUGGGCAUUCCCACGAUGCUCAUCUGCGAGAGAUCACCCCACUUUCCUCAGUAUGGUGGGGCUAUUUAUCGAGAGAGAUUCGACAAUUCGAUCCUUUCUCCUGCUGAUAGUAUUUUCGACUUAUAUAACAUCGCCUUCAGCUCCCUGUCGAGGCACUGCGGCGGCAUUGAAGAGAUUCAGCACGUUAAACACCUUCACACGGUUGAUGACUACCUCGACAAGUGGCCUCUGUUCACGCUAGCGCUUGUCCUCAAACGACUACGCCUUGGGGUCAGCUGCCUUAAGUACUGGGAAGAAGACUGGCCAUCUUAUGCUAUGCAAAAUAUUAAUACCAAAGGGAUUUGGAGAAAUCUUGGCCGCUGUGAGUCGCUCGAAGUUUUGAGAAUCGACUGUCCGAGUGAGCAGUUUCGACCACCGCUGGGACGCGACCUCACGAGAGAGCGCCAGACUGGCAUCGUCGCUGCCGACCACCUUACGAUGCCUGUCUCUUUCAGGCUGCCGGGACUGGUUCUUCAUCGGUAUUGGUUCGAACCGUAUGGUCCUGGGGGUGACGAAGUAUCAAUAUCUCUGUAUUGGUUGAUUCUGCGUAAGGAGUAG